AUGAAAAAGUUUACGAUAAUACUAAUUAUUGUUUUUCUUCAAAUGUGUAGUUGUGAUUAGUGUUCUGAUUACUUUUAAGAUGAAACCGGAUGUAUACAAAGUACUGGAAUUUCUUGCAGAUGGAAUGAAUAGAAUAACCAAUGCUAAGAAUCAACAGGUAAAUUGUUGGGAUGCCAGAAUUAUUUAAAUUUACAAGCAUGCAUAUCAUAAAGAAUAUACCCAGACAAAUCAAUAGCUGAAUGUAUUUAAUUAGUAGUAUUUAAAUAGGUAUUUUCAGUGGAUAUUGCAGAAAUGUUGUUGAUGAUGCCUCAGAGUGUUAAAAAAAUUUAUCAAGAGCUGGGUGUUUAGGAGUUGAAGAAGCAUAUUGUAUUUGGAAAGAUGAAUGUAUUCCAAUCACAGAAAGUCAAGCAAUGAUAUUAGCUUAAGCAACUUCAAUGACAGAUGAUUUGAAACUGUCAUCAAUUGCAAUCUGUCAAUAAAUUAUUAAUUUUCCAGGUAUAAAUUGAAAUUGAAAUUAGCAAUUCAUUAACAUGGAGCACAUGAUUCUUUGAUACAGUUAUAUUUUGAGAACUUAACAUCAUCAGGUGGGGAAAAUAAAUAUGAAUAAUAAAUGAUGAUUCCAGGAUGUUUUUAACCAGUUGUUGAAAUAUAUAAGUAGAUAACAUGUGAUGCUGGAGGAUUGAAUUCAUUAGGUUGUAUGUUAGUUGAAACUGAACCUUGUAUUUUUUAGAAUGGAAAUUGUUAAAAAGUGAUGAAUUUCUCUACUUUAUUGUGUAGCGAUAAGUUAAAUAAAAUUGCAUGUUUAUAAGUUACAAACUUUAAAGAAACUUGUUAUUGGAAUGGUAGUUAAUGUACUAAAUAUUUAGUAAAAGAAGAUAGUACUUGUGAUAUAUCAAUAUAAGUAAGAAGUUUUUCAAAUAAUAUAGGUUUCACCCAGUGUUUGUGCUAAUAUAAUAAAAGAUGAUGAAGCAUGUUUUUAUGAUGAAUAAACAAUGAAGUGUGAUCGAAUGUGUAAGUCUAAGAUUUUAGACACUGCUUCAAAAUGUGAAUUAUCUAAAUAUGAAUGUUAAUGGUUUGAUUUAGGAAACCAUUGCAAAUUUAAGUAGAAUGAAUGUGAUAGAAAAGGAUAAAAUUACCAUUCAUGUAUGGGAGCAGAUAAGUAUUGUCUAUAUGAAAAUGGAUACUGCAAAUCUAUAAGUAAUUUAAAUUUAUUAGGAUGUGCAAGUGGCUUAAACAAAUUAGCUUGUAUAAAUUUGACAAAUCCUAGCUAAGUUUGUUAAUUUUAUAAUGAAAAAUGCAUAGAAAUCUAUAUUACUCCAGAAGAUCUACCCGAAGAGCUAGAAAAUGUUAAUCAAAAUGCUUGUAGUAAAAUAACAACAGUUGCUAGUUUCUGGGUUGAUGGUAGAUGUUUUACAACAUAUGGAACUGAAGAAUGUUCAACUAAAGGAUUUAAUAAAUUGGGUUGUCUUAAUACACUAAAUACAGUAUCUCCUUGCUAAUGGAAUGGAGAUUCAGGAACUUGUUAAACAAUAACAAUAACUAGAGAAACUAAAUGUGAUUCACUAAAAUUAGUAAAUGCAGUUGCUUGUAGAGCUAUUAAAGAAGAAGAUGAAAUUGGUAAUCCAAUAAUGUGUAAAUAUAAUAUAAAUUCUACUUCUUGUGAAAAAGUUAUAUUGCCCACAACAAUUAAUUGUGAAACAGAAGGUUUAAAUGAAGCAGCUUGCAGUUCAGUUUCUGAUCCAUUAGAAAGUUGUAGAUGGUCUUCAAAUUAAUGCGUAAAAGUUACAAUUUUAGGAAAUGCAGUAACAUGCUAAGCUCUAUAAUCUGUUACUUAAAGAACUUGUGCAAUGAUUUAAUCUAACAACUAAAGAUGUGUUUAUGAUUUAUCUAGAAAGAGUUGUACUACAUAAGUACCACCAACUACUGCUUGUACUGCUGCUGGUUUGAAUCCAUAUGGUUGUGCAUUUGUAAGUUCAAAGUGUCAUUUUGAUACUACUACUAAUUAAUGUAAAUCUACUGAAGAAUCUGAUUAUGCUACAAUCAAUUGUGAUACAAAUUUUCCAUCAAAAAGCACUUGUGUUUUAAUAACAAAGGCUAGUUAAUAUUGUAGAUGGUUAGCAAAAGAUAAUAUUUGUGAAUUAUUUAGUUUUCCUGCUACUGAUUAAUGUACUUAGUAUUCGAAUGUCAACAAAUUAUUUUGUUUGGCAUUUGAAGUAACAUUAGAAAGAUACAUAAGUACUAGUUUUUAUUGCUCCUAUAAUUCAGCAACAAGUUCUUGUACAGAAUUUACUGCUAAUCUUUCUGAAUGGACAGAUUGUGGAUCAACUUUGGAUAUCAAUUUACAUGCUUGUGUAGCUCUCUCCAACAGUAGUAAGUAUUGUUAUUUUGAUCAAUCAUCUUUGAAAUGUUUAGAAAUUACAGAUCCUAAUGAUUCCAAAUUUUCAUCUCUACUUUGUAAAUAAGCAAAUAAAAAAUUAUGUUUAAGUAUAUCAACAACUGGUUAAUAUUGUUAAUGGGUAGAUUCAGAGAAAAAAUGUUAGCCUAUUAAAUCAGGUUAAUCAUGUUCAGAUUAUGUGUCCAUGACAGUAAAUCCAACUUUAUGUGCUAGUACUUAUCCUGAAGAAGCAUGUGUUUCUAAUGUUGUAGAUAGUCAUUGUAAAAUUUUGACAUCUGCCGAAGUGAGUUACAACUGUAUUGAUAAGGGAUUGAAUAGGAAAGCAUGUUUAGAAAAUACAGCAGGGGCUUGUUAUUAUGAUUCUGAUAAAUUACAAUGUUUUGAAGUAGCUGGAACAGCAGCUUAUUCAGUAGCAUGUUUUAGUUUGGUGAACAAAUUAGGUUGUUUGGCUUCAUUACAAUAUAAUUGUAAAUGGGUUGAUAAUACUUGUUAAUUUGCUUAUGAUCUUGAUUCUUAUAGUUCAAGUUGUACUGACUAUUAAAGUAAACUCUAUAAUCCUAGAGUUUGUUAGACUAUUUACACUGAUGGUUAAUAUUGUCAAUACGAUUCAAUAAAUUUCAAAUGUGUAGAUUUCACAGAUUUGGUCUAAGAUUGUAAACCUGGAUAUAGUUAUUAUACCUGUGGAUUGAAUUCAUUAUGUUACUGGGAUUGGAGUUUAGAAAUAUGUUUAAACAGUGGUUCGGAAGGAGAUUUAUGUAAGAGUCAAUUGAAUGAAACAGAUUGUCUAGCAAUUACAAAUGAUACAUGUUCUUGGACUACUCUAGGAAAAUGUAAAAAAAUUGUCAUCACUCCUUACACUUAGUGUAGUCAGGUAGGCUCAGCAUAAGGUAAAUUUGUUAAAAGAAUAUGUCAAUCAAUCAUAUUUGGUACAGACAAAUGUCAAUAUGAUAGUACUAGUAAAGCAUGUAUAGAAGUAACAACAACAACAAAUUAAUGUAAUUCCAUAGGGCUGAAUAAAAAAGCAUGUCUCAAUAAUACUAUAGGAUAUAAAUGCAGAUUUGAAUAAGAUACUUCAAAAGAUGAUUAUGGAUGUUAAGAAGUCAGUGAUUUUACAAGUUAAGGUUGUUCAGAUAGUUUAGAUAAAGAAUCUUGUGUAUCUGUUACUAUAUCUUAAUGUGCAUACGACUUAAUUAACGAUAUUUGUCAAGAAUAUUAACCAUAUUUUCUAUCUUAAUAUUAUACUUGUUCUCAAUUUGCUUCUGGCUAUGUGGUUUCAAUGUACUUAUGCAAAUAUGUUACAGAUGUUGCAUGUAUAUAUGAUUCUAUUAAUUAAAAAUGUAAAGUAACAAAUGCAUAAUUGGAUUUAUGUACAUCAGAUCCAACUAUUAAUUCUGUGUAUUGUUUAACUUAAAUUAAAACUUAAGCAUGCAAUUUUGAUCAAUAUUAUGGAAAUUAUUGUUAUGAAACAGAUACAACCUAUUGGAGUUGUUAUUAUUGCACAUCUUUUAAGUAAUGUAUUACAAGUAGAUCAUAAAUAUGUUAAUGGAUAAAUAAUUCUUGUACUGAAAUUUCAGUUGAUGUAUAAUGUAGUGAAUUGUCAAAUAUUAAUCCUAAUGCUUGUAUGAGUUUUAGUGGUGGUACAAAAUGUUAAUACAUUUAUGAUAUAGUAUAUUAAACAACAUAUUGUAUUGUUCCAACAAAUGAUAAUUAACCAUGUUAAGGAUUAAAUGAAAUGGCUUGUGUAGCCAAUACACUAAAUUCCUGUUUCUAUUUUUAAAAAUAAUGUUAUGAUAUUACAGAAAAUCCUUACUUAGCUAGUUGUACUGAAGAUUUUUCAUUUAAUUAUUAAGGAUGUGUAAGAAUUAAAAAUUCAGAUCAAAAAUGUAAAUGGGACACUAGUAUUAAUAAAUGUGUCUAAAUUUAGACUUAACCAACUGAUAAUUGUAGUGCAUAUGCAGAUUCUAAUUUUUCAGCAACAAUUUGUGCAUCAAUUGAAUCUGGAAACUGCAUUUGGAAUCUGGGAUGCAAAUAAGAAGUUGCUCCUAAUUGUUAAACAUUAGGAGCAAAUAAAGGAGCAUGUAUAAAUGCAACUACUGGAAGUUGUGUAUUUUCAGAAGGAGUUUGCAUAGAUGUUACUAAUCCAUCAACUUUAGUUAAAAAUAAAUGUACUGAUCCUUCUAAUUAAUCAGGAUGUCUUAAUAUGAAUGAAGGAUAAACUUGUAAAUGGGAUGGAAGUACAUGCUUAGAAAUUAGUGUAACAGAUGGUUGUGCCUCUUAUACUAAUGUAAACCCAGGUGUUUGUUCGAAAGCAACAGAUGCAGCAUGUAAAUGGGUAUCUUCAAGUUGUUCUGUUGUAACAGUAAAAGGAAUAUGCAGUUUAUCAGGGUUGAAUAAAUUGGCAUGUUUAUCUUUUACAACAGAGACUUGUUAAUUUAAUAAUGAAUCUAAGAAAUGUAUUUAGAUUAAUUAGUAAUCAUUAAAUGAAUUGGAAUGUACAGAUAAUCUUAAUGAAUUGGCAUGUAAAUCUCAUUAAAAGAAAUGUUGUAUAUGGAAUGCAGGAACAUGUUAGAGUGCAACAGCUGGAUCAAGUUGUUCUGCAUUAACAAAUAACUCAGAAUAUUGUUGUAUAAUUUUGAAUGGAGAACCUUGUACUAUGGGAUCAACAUGUGCAAAAUUAACAACCAAAAAUUCAUUAUGUUCUGAUGCAAUUAACAAAUAGGCUUGUUUAUGGGUAGGUUCUUCUUGUAGAUGGGAUAUUAAGAUGUUAAAAUGUAUUUAAGUAAGUAAAAAUUAUGGGUGUAAAUCUGAUUUAAAUCUAGCAGGAUGUGUGAAUCAAUUAGUUCAUUGUAAAUUUAUUGAUAAUGAAUGCAUAACAGCAAGUACUUGGGAUAAUUGUUAAGAUUUACUUUAUUCAUCAUUAUCUUCAACAAAAUGUUUAUUAAUAACAAAUAGUAGAUGUUAAGCUAGCACUGAUGGAUGUAUAGUUCCAACUUACAAUGUAAAAUGCACUGAAAAUUUAAAUAAAUUAGGUUGUUUAGAUAAUCUUAAUUAUUGUGUUUGGAAUGACACUGCUAAAACUUGUAAUGGAAAGAGAGUACUUGCUGCUUCAACAAGUUGUGCAUCUGGUAUAGUAAGUAGAGGAUUAUGUGCCUUUUCAACAGUUUAAUGUAAAUCAGAAGAUGAUUUCUCAUGUGCAACUUUUGCUUAAAUUGAUGAUCCAAAUGUAAAAUGUGAUUAAAGAAAUGCUGUACUUUCUUAAAACUCUUCAUAGUGUUUGGCUUUAGAAUCUGAAAUUUGUUAAUAUGAUUCAACUUAAUAGAGAUGUACUUCCAAAAUAUUUGGUUCAAUUUGCACUUCAAUUAUCACUAAAAAAGGGUGUAUGUAUAUAUAGAAUAAUUGCUAUUGGUCUAGUAAUUUAUGUUUACAAUACAGUACAGACAAAUACUUUAAUACAUGCGAAUAAAUAUACACAAAGUAUUAAUGUUUAAUUAAUAUUAAUACAUCUUGCUAAUGGGAUAAUGAUAGUGGUAGUUGCAAGACUUAUAAGGGAAAUAAAGUAACUUGUGCUGAGCAUACUGAACCAGUAAUAUCUCCAGGGAUAUGCUUCUAUUUCUCAUCAGAUUUUUGUGGACAUGAUGGAACAAAAUGUUUUUAGGAUACAACUUAAUCAAUUUGUGCUAACUCAAAAAGUCCUUUAGGAUGCUAAUAAAAUACAGCUGGAAAUUGUUAUUGGAGAAUUGAUAUAGGAAAAUGUGUAAUAUUGGUAGAUUCUAGUUUUGCUUCUUUCAUGACUUGUGUUGAAUUGAAAUAUUCAAAAAAAGAACUUUGUUUAGCACCUAUUAUAGAAGGUUAAACUUGUCAUUGGAAGGAUAAUUUAUGUUAAAGUGCAAAUAUAGAAGAAGUUACUUGUGAUGAUGAUCUAUCAUUAGAUGGAUGCAGAGCAGUUGCAAUGUAAGGUUGGAAUUGUAUAUUCAAAGAAAAAUGUGAAAUUGCUGAAAUUGAUAAAUUAAAAUGUAAUGAUAACAUAAAUAUACAUUCUUGUUUAUCAGUAUCAUAAGAUGGUUAAUAUUGCAAAUGGUUAGGAUAAAGAUGUUAUUCUUUAGAUGAUGAAGAUGGUUUUGAAGUAUCUACUCACAUAUUAAUUAAUUCAAAUGUUUGUCGUAAAGCUUAUACAAAAUUAGGUGCUCCUGUUGAUAAUUUAAAAAAAAUUGGUGUUAGUUAUGAUUAAUUAAAUUUUGUAUGUCAAUUAUCAAAUUCAGAAGAAGAUUUAUGUAGUACUCCAGGAUUAAAUUAUUAUGGAUGUUUAUCAACUUAAGCUGAUUCUUGUGAUUGGACUGGUAGUAAAUGUAAAUCAUUUGAUUUCAAUGUAACAUAUACAGAAUGUAGUCAAUAUUAAUCAGUAUCUCCAAAAGUUUGUGCUUCAAUAACUACAUCAAAUUUAAAAUGUUAACAUAAUUCAAUCACUUUAAAUUGUGAAAAUUUCUCUGAAACAAAUGAAAUUUUUAUUUAAAAUAAAGAUGGUCGAUAUCUUAAUACUAAAAAGGGUAUGAAUAGAAUGGCAUGUAUAAGUGUUCUUAAAUAGCCUACAAUUUGGAUUAAUGAAAGAUGCGAAUAUAAUUAUAUUAAAGUAGGUUUAAUAACAUGUAGUGAAUUACUCAAUGUUAACCCAAAAUCUUGUGCUUAAAUUGAUAAAGACAAUGUCAUUUGUAAAUAUUUCAAAGAUGGAACAUGUACUGGAUAAUUUGAUCCAUAAGUUGAUAAAUGCAAUACAUCUGGAUUAAAUAAAGUAGGUUGUGUUUCUGUUGAAACAGAACUUUGCCGUUUUUCUGAAGGAUUUUGUUAAAAAUAUGAAAUUUCAAAUAUUAUAAAAUGUAAUGAAUUGAAAAAUGUAAAUGGCUAAGUAUGUAAAAAUGUAAUAAAUGAACCAUGUAAAUUUAGUUUUGUGAAUAGAGGAUGUGUUUAAUCAUAUUCAAAUGAUAAAUGUUCAUAUAGUGGUAUUAAUUAAUUGGGAUGUAACAAAACUACAUAAUGUUAAUGGAUUGAUGAUAGAUGUUUUUGUAGAGGAGAAGUUUCAUCACUUCAAAUUAUAGAUUGUACUAAAUUUGCUUCAGAUAAUUGUCACAAUAUAUAAUGCAUUUUUGACACAUUAACUGGUUCAUGUCGUAACAAGAGAUGUAGUGAUCUUUCAUUAACUUCUUGUUCAGGUAAAAUAGCCAAAUCUACUUGUUAUGUUAAUUUAUAUAAAUGUAGUUCUGCUUCUAAAUGCUCUGAAUUAUAUAAUGUAGAUUGUAGUAUGUAUACUAUUGGUGGUAAAAAAUGUGCUUAAGAUCUAUGGAAUGAUGAUCAUUGUGUUGAUUAAGGAUGUUAACAUUUUAAUGAAGAUUAAUGCACUGGUAAUUGCUAAUGGUCAUAUUUUUAAUGUGUUCUUAAAGAAUGCAACUAUAUGAAAAAAGAGAGUUGCACUGGUAUUAUGAAUAAUAAACAAUGUUAUUGGGAUGGUUCUUAUUGCUAAGCACUUAAUUAAUGUUAAGAUUAUAUCACUUAUUCUAAAUUAACUGAUACAACUCUAUAAGAAAAACUGUGUACUUCUUCAACAUUUCUUAAUAAGAAGUGUAGAUGGGAACUUGCUUAACCAUAUGGAACUGAAUAUUAAUGCACAUCUAAAAUAUGUUCUGAUUAAGGUAAUAGUUCUUCAACUUGUCAUGGAUAUUAGGCUGAUGGAGAAGUAUGUGUAUUAUUACCAGACUUUACUUGUGUAGCUUGCUCAGAAAUUAAAGAUUCAUGUACUUGUUUAAAUAUGAAUGGAUAUUGUUAUUACAGUGAAAUUAAAGGAUGCAUUUCAAAUUUAUGUACAGAUCUAGAUAAAGCUUCUUGUGGUAAUAAAUUUAUUAAAUUUAUUAAUAGUAUAAAAUACUCAAAGAUGCACAUAUAUUAAUAAUUAAUGUAAACCAUCUUGUUCUAAAUUGAGAAAUGCUGAAUGUUCCACUAGAUAAUCAUCUAAUGAAUGCCAUUGGAAUAAUAAUGUAUAGAGAUGUCUUGAUGGUCCACCUCCUAGUGUUAAUCUAAACACCAUGGAAGAAGUAAUUAUCAUAGAGAGCUCAAUUGCUAAAAUUAACUAAUUUAUCAUCAUGCUAAUAAUGAUAUAUAUAAAUUGA